CAAGAUGGGUUACUUGCUGUCCUGAGUAGGAGCCAUGUAUUGCGGCUGCCUGCAGGGCUUGUGCCAAUGGGCAGGGCAGAGGGCGGCCCCUGCGCCGUUGUACAUUGAAGGACUUGCAGCGAGCUCUGCGCCAGAUUAUGUGGUGCCACCCAACAUGUGUUGCACAGCACUUGGUGCUGGGGCGCCCAAAGGUCUUUGUCGGCUCACCGUCCAGGGCGACUUGCUGCUCCUAGGCUCAAAGGAAACUGGCAGCGUGCUUUGCGCACGCCUGCUCGCCGCAGCCACCAUCACUGUGCACGGCCAUGACGUGCGCGUUGCCUCCGAGGAAGAGCCACCCCUGAGGCUCCAGGUCUGGUGCAGCGCUGAGGCCUUCCGUUGCGCGCGACAGCUGCGCGACGCCUCGAUCCUUUGGACCAAGCACGAGGGGCUGAAGGGCGACCUCCGGCACUCACUUUCCAAGAGCACCAUGCGUUGCUCCCAGGGUUCGCUGUGCUGUGAGGAGUACGCGCUAGACUCCGACUCCCUGUUCUCGCCUUCAGCUUCAGACUCAGAAGAGGUGGAUGAAGAUGAAAGGUGGUUUGAGAACGAGAACCGGUAUGACUCGGAGGAAGAGGCCUGGCCUUCGCACACUGCCUCCGCACCAGCAUUGCGUCCACCACUGCUGCCAGUGAAGGCGAGCCAUUCGUCCUCUGCGCCUUCCCUUUCACAGGAAGCUGAGGCAGUGUUCGCUUGCACGCCCUCAUGAAUAGGAUUUUGGCCACCCACGCGGUCUCGGGGA